CUAUGGAAAUUUCUACUGAAAAUGCUGCUUUCUGGUGAACAUGACAGCCAAAUUAUGUGGUUAGAGAAAAAGAAAGGCACCUUUAAAUUUAUCAACUCGAGUGCAGUCGCUUCCCUUUGGGGAAAACAUAAAAACAAGCCCAACAUGACCUAUGAAACAUUAAGUCGAUCGAUUCGCUUUUACUAUAAAAGCCAAAUACUACGCAAAGUUCCUAAGCAACGAUUGGUAUACCAAUUU